AUGACCGUCUUUGUGGGCUGCAACAGAGAGCUGCAAAUCAGCGACUACAGUCCGGCGCACAGGCUUGUGGCGUUCGGCGCGAAGAACGCAAUCGCCCUGUGGCGGCCUAGCGAGACCCACCGCGGCGUGCUGUCCACGGCAAAGGCCCAUACGGCUCACGUCGUCGCCGUCAAAUGGGUGCCCGAAUCGCCGUAUCUCGUGUCCGCGGCCGAGGACCACAGCGUCAAGAUCUGGAGAUUCAGCAGCGAGACCACAGAGCUGGACGUGGUCCACGAUCUGCCGGCCCACGACGCCAGUGUCACCGCUUUGGCCGUGACCAAGGAAUAUCUCGUCACCGGCGGUGCAGACGGCAAGAUCAAGGUCUGGACGUUUGCAGACGGGCCCGCCGUGCGGCUGGUGGCCGAGCAGAGCGUGAUGCCCGGGUUUUUCCCGCUCUCGCUCGCGCUCGUCGACGUGGAGCCAGGUAAGCACGUCCUUUUCGCCGGAGGGUCCAAGCCGCAGUUCCAUGUCUUCUCGCUCGUCGCAAACGGCCCGCUGCAACACCGUGCCACUCUGCCCGGCCACGAGGACUGGAUCAAGACCAUUGCGGUCAAAAAACAGGGUCCCGGCGAGUUUCUUGUUGCUUCUGGCUCCCAGGACAGAUACAUCCGGCUGUGGAAGCUGUGUUUGAACGACGCCAUCUCCAGAGUCGACACCUCGAGCCAGCUCGGGCUGCUGAUGAACAAACAGCACUUUUUCGACAUCGACGACACAACCAGGUGCGCCAUCAACUUCGACGCCAUCAUCAUGGGCCACGACGACUGGAUCUCGAGUCUCGUCUGGCACCCGUCCAAAACCGUUUUAUUGUCCUCGUCUGCAGACACGUCGGUCAUGAUCUGGGAGCCGGACGAAAGCAGCGGUGUCUGGGUGUCGUCGAUGCGUCUUGGAGAGAUGAGCAUCAAGGGCGCGUCCACUGCGACAGGCGCUUCUGGCGGUUUCUGGAGUGCGCUCUGGCUGUUUGAAAAUGACACAGAAAUUAUUCUUGCAAACGGCAAAACCGGCUCUUUCAGAUGCUGGUCCCGAGAACACGGCUCAGACGGCCAGUACGACCAGCAGCCGUGUCUGACCGGCCCGAUGAAAGAGGUCACAGACGUGUGCUGGUCUCCUUCAGGCAAAUAUCUUCUUGCUACCUCGCUCGACCAGACCACGCGACUCUAUGCCAAAUGGCUGCAAACAGGCACCUGGCACGAGUUCGCGAGACCGCAGAUCCACGGCUACGACAUGAUCUGCGUCAAACCGAUUUCAAACUCCAGGUUCGUCUCUGGCGGCGACGAGAAAAUCAUGCGGUCCUUCGACGAGCCUAAAGCCGUCGCAGACAUGCUCCAGAGACUGUGCGGCGUCGCGUCCGCCGACGUCGACGCCAUGCCGCCUAGCGCGUCGCUGCCGGUGCUCGGCCUGUCCAAUAAAGCAGAGACAGAGACAGAAAAUCAGGAACCAACCUCCGACGACGAGACAGCAGAUAACGGGGCCCAGACAGCUAACUUGUCAACUAAACUACUGGGACAGCUGGAAACGCCGCCUCUAGAAGACAUUCUCCAAAGACACACGCUCUGGCCGGAGAUCGAGAAGCUGUACGGCCACGGGUUCGAGAUCACCACCUUGGAUGUGUCUCCGGACGGAAAACUGAUAGCGUCGGCGUGCCGGUCGAACGUGCCGUCCCACGCGGUUAUCAGGCUGUUCAGAACAGACUCCUGGCUCCAGAUAACGCCGCCGUUGGCCGGCCACGACCUCACCAUCACCAGACUGCGCUUCUCGCCCGAUGGUGGCUACCUGGUGAGCGUGUCACGUGACCGGAAAUACACCCUGUGGAGACGAAGUGGUGAGUUUGGGUACGAGUUGGCGGAAAAGCGCGAGAAGGCGCAUUCGAGGAUUAUCUGGGACGUGUGCUGGCUGCCGUUUGACGGCGACGCGGCGUAUUUCGCAACAGGGUCGCGAGACAAGUCGGUCAAGCUGUGGCGAGUGGCAUCUGCUGGAGAGGUCGAGAUGGUGGGCAGCGUGAAGCUGGCGGCGGCCGUGACGGCGCUGGACUGCUACAGCCGCACGAUCGACGGGUCGGCUCUGGUGGCCGUGGGGCUGGAAAAGGGCCAGAUCUCGACGUACACGGUGGACACGCAGGGCGGUUUCGAGUUGGUGGAGCAGCUGGACGGGAAAAAAGUGCCCGACGACAAGGUCACGCGGCUGAGCUGGUGUCCGAAGCCGGAGAGCGCGGACGAGCUGUUGCUGGCGGCGGGAAGCGGCGACUGCUCUGUGCGGAUCUACAGCGUUGCGACGCGUCGAUCGACGCCAGGCAUCUAA